GCCCAGGAAGCUUCAGAGUGUUUCUGGCCUCCGCUUCCCUGGGCCGACCAUUUCGCCAGCGUUUUUCCAGGUCUUUCGGUUGCUGGGAAAGGUAGUUGCCAAUAAAGUUUCCCCGUUUCAAAGUCUGGCAGAUUGGGCCGGGCGCAUCCUCUGUCCUCUUGCUCAUUGCCCUUAGUCUUUUAGGCUACAGGCAAGGAGCUUCAAGGCGUCAUGGCCAGGGGCCGGGCCGGCCCGGCCGGUCUGAGGCCAGCUUUCGUUGCCCGCUCGCUCUCAUGGUUUUUGGCCCCCACGGCGUCCGCCUCAGCGUGAGCGCAGUCCCUCCGCGCCUACGGGCUGCCUUGCGCUGGACCCCAUGGCCUCCGAGGCUCCGUCGCCUUCGUUGUCGCCGUCGUCGCCUCCCUCCCCUGAGCCUGAGCUGGCCCAGCUCAGGCGGAAGGUGGAGAAGUUGGAACGCGAGCUGCGGAGCUGCAAGCGUCAGGUGCGGGAGAUCGAGAAGCUGCUGCAUCACACGGAGCGGCUGUACCAGAGCGCAGAGAGCAACAACCAGGAGCUCCGCACCCAGGUAGAAGAGCUCAGUAAAAUACUCCAUUGUGGGAGAAAUGAAGACAAUAAGAAGUCUGAUGUAGAAGUUCAAACAGAGAACCACCCUGCUUGGGCAAUCUCAGAUUAUUAUUAUCAGACAUACUAUAAGGAUGUUAGUCUUCCAGAUAAAGUGGCUGAACUCUCAGUUCAGCAAGAUCAGGAUAUCGAAGCUUCUACUUUUAAUUCUGAAGACCAGUCACAAAUAGAAAAUGAUGCUUACACUGGUACCGAUAUAACAGAACAUGUUAAAUGUGCAGAAGAGGACCAUUUUGCCUCAAAUUCAGAUUCACAGGAGCCAGCAUCUGUAUUAGCAGCAGAAGAUACGUCCUUAGAAGGUUCUUCAUUAGCUGAAAGUUUGAGAGCUGCAGCAGAAGCUGCUGUGUCUCAGACUGGAUUUAGUUAUGAUGAGAACACUGGACUGUAUUUUGAUCACAGCACUGGUUUCUAUUAUGAUUCUGAUUUGAAUUCAGAAGAUCAAAAAACAUCCAGUGUUGAACAUAUAAGCUGCAGUGAGGGAGAAGAUUUUGCAAAUAUGAAAAAGAAGGCCAAAAUAGACAUUCAUUACAAAAAUAGUCCCCCCAAAUUUAUUGUUCCAGUUAGAGGAAAGACUACAGAAUCUUCUCUUAAUGAAAACAUUUAUAAUUCAACAUCAUUUAAAGAUGAGAAAAUCAUGGAGACUGAUAGUGAGCCAGAAGAAGGUGAAAUUACAGACUCUCAAACAGAGGACAGUUAUGAUGAAGACAUUACCAGUGAAGACAAUGUAACUGCAGAAGAUAGUGAGGAUGAAGAUGAAGAAAAAAUUUGGCCCCCCUGUAUUAGAGUAAUUGUUAUUAGAUCACCAGUAUUGCAGACAGGAUCACUUUUUAUCAUUACAGCUGUAAACCCUGCUACAAUUGGAAGAGAAAAAGAUAUGGAGCAUACUCUCCGAAUCCCUGAAGUUGGUGUUAGUAAGUUUCAUGCAGAAAUUUAUUUUGACCAUGACUUACAAAGUUAUGUCCUUGUGGAUCAAGGUAGUCAAAAUGGUACAAUUGUUAAUGGAAAACAGAUUCUUCAGCCUAAAACUAAAUGUGACCCUUAUGUACUUGAGCAUGGUGAUGAAGUGAAAAUUGGAGAGACUGUACUGUCUUUUCACAUCCACCCUGGCAGCGAUACCUGUGAUGGCUGUGAACCAGGACAGGUUCGAGCUCACCUUCGUCUUGAUAAGAAAGAUGAAUCUUUUGUUGGUCCAACACUAAGUAAGGAGGAAAAAGAGUUGGAAAGGAGAAAAGAAUUAAAGAAAAUACGAGUAAAAUAUGGUUUGCAGAAUACAGACUAUGAAGAUGAAAAGGCAUUGAAGAAUCCAAAAUACAAAGAUAGAGCUGGAAAACGGAGGGAGCAGAUUGGAAGUGAAGGGACUUUCCAAAGAGAUGAUGCUCCUGCAUCUGUUCAUUCUGAGAUUACUGAUAGCAACAAAGGUCGGAAGAUGCUGGAGAAGAUGGGUUGGAAAAAAGGAGAGGGCCUAGGGAAGGACGGUGGAGGAAUGAAAAUUCCGAUCCAGCUUCAGCUUCGGCGAACACAUGCAGGCUUGGGGACAGGCAAACCAUCCUCGAUUGAAGAUGUUCACCUUCUCCAAAACAAGAGCAAAAAGAACUGGGAGAAAGCACGAGAGAGGUUUGCUGAAAACUUCCCAGAAACUAAAUCUCAAAAAGAUGUGCCAGGAACCGUCCCUUGGGUCAAAGGGACCAUAGAGUGAAGGUUAGUCCUAGAACACAAUUCACGCUGUUUUUUAAAAAAGAGUUUGGAAACUCUUAUUUUAUUGCAGAACUUUUCCCUCCAAAAGAGUCCAUGGCAUGAGGGAACUGUAUCACAAUUUACCCCUCGUGAUUCAGAAAUGUGUAAUAAACUGUGGUUUGCAGCUUUUAAAAAAAACAUUUUUUAAAAAACUAAUAAAUAGUAAUUGAAUUAGGUUAUGCUGUGAGCAGACUAAAGUUCACAGGGCACGGCUGAGCUUAUCGAACUUUGUUAUUUUAUCUUGUCAUUUAUAAGACCCAUUUAUGCAAAAUUCAUAUAACCAGUAAUUUAAAUGUACGUUUGUCCUUGUCUCCAUAUAUUCAUUACUAUAAGAUAUACAACAAGAGAAACAUCAAAAGUUUAUAAAAACAAGUCUGAUUAUAUGCAUCCUUGUUCAUGUCCUUUAGAACUUAGAUAAAAAAUGUUGAGAACACAGGGAUAGUGGUGCAUAAAUUUUAUUAUUCUUAAAAUAUUCUAAGUAAUAGUAUUGAAGAACUAAUGAACAGGUGAUAUGUUAUAGAAAACUAGUCUUUCAUUGUUUUCUUCUGUGAAGAAUUUGUUGAUUUGUACUAUAUAUUAAGCAUUUACAUUUGGUUUGUUUUAUAGCUGAAAUAUUUAGAUAUGAGCAAUUGAGUACAGUAUUGAAUAUUCCAUGUGCUGGUAUUUAUAGUUUUGAUAAAUCCCAUUGCUGGCAAUGGAGUUGUGCCAGAGAAAUCUGAUUUCUACUGCAAAAGGAAUGCCUAGCCAAGGCCUCAAACACAAGAUAUUUAUUGAAAAUGUCUUCAAAUGCAAUAAAAACAUUAUAACAUCCAAAAGAGUGAUUCCUUGAACCAAUGUUUUAAACAUAUAGGUCUGCUUUGAACUCAGGACCAGCCAGAAUUUUCCUCUUUAAAUUGGCAGAGCAGGAACAACAGGAUAACUUGAAGUAUCGGAGAUAACUGCAGUGCAGCUUUCCGAGUACAGAUGUCACUGCUCUGCCGGCUAUCAGUGUUCUUUUCCUUUCUGUUCAACUUUUCUCUCGGCUUUUUGCUGGGAAAUUAUGCUGGAACUGGCUAUUUUCUGGCAGUGAAUAUAAGCUAUAGCUCCCUCAUCUACUAUAAAGAAAUGUCCUCAAGAUUUAGAAAUGGGAAAAGAAAAUUCUGAAAAAAAUUAUACAAUGGGGAAGAUAAUUCAGAAAGAAGGGCUACUUGAUGGAAUUUGUACUCUGAAUGGAAGAGUACUUAAGAAGAAAAGGGGGUGGUGGGGAAAGAAAAAUAAAUAAAGUACUGAAGAUGAGACAUAUGACCAAACAAAUUGUCAAGACCCCCUAGGUCUAAGCUGGGAUCAUCAGAGGUCCUGUAACUCCAAAUCUGCAAAAAGUAAUUUUCUGUAUGCUUCAUAGCCACCUACACACCCUGACACUUACAUAUGUACAUUAAACUUGAAGGCAACAGGAGUGUUCUGCAUUCUUUUUUCUAAAAUAGAAAAAAAUUAUUUAAAUGUGGUUCUGGUACUGGUUCCCUGUAUAUAGGUAAUAAUAUAGGAGGCCCAAAUUAGAAUUGUGGUAGAUUUCACUCACUGAGUAAGUAUACAACUGUGUAUACAGUAUUUCCCAUUUUUAUUAUUAGAUUGUGGAAGACUUUUUUCAUUGCUUUCUUUUGUUAAGAAAAUGGAGACUUGAAAAUGGUGAUAAAAAUCGAAAUAUGUGUGAUAUUUGCGUUAUUGAAACCCUUUGCAGAUCUAAAGUCUCAGGGCUAAAAUACUAUAUGGUGGUUAAAGGACUGAAUAAUGUCUGGGUCUAUUUCCAUUUGUGAAAUAAGAAUAAUAUUUAUCUUUCAUGUCUUUGGAAUAGAAAAUGAGAAGAUGUAUAUAAAAGUACUUUGUAAACUGUAAAAGGAGUACGGAGAUGUGAGCUUCUAUUUGUUUGGAAGCAAAGAUGUGAAUUAUGUACAAUUUGGAUUACAUAUAAAAUUGUUUUGUGUCUCA